AUGAGUGGAGGUACACCAAUUUACGAUAUAUUUGUCUCUCUCAGCAACAACAACACAUUACCUGAGAAAGCAUUCUACGCAUCUAUCGAUACCAACACGCUGAACGAAAUCAUGGACUACUACAUUCUUACUAAAUCGCAAUCUGUACCGAAGUGUGCGAUGCAAUUCUUUGGCCUCGUACUAGAUGCUGUAGAAGAUGACAAGGAGGCUCUUCUGAACGGACUUUCAUAUUUGAUCAAGUACAUCGAUGUAAAGAACAGGUCCAUCCGCAGGAAUGUGAUACACCUGUUGGGGAUGUUGAUCGACCGAUUGAAUGUUGUUCUGGAUGGCAAUUGCAGCGUGAAAAUAAAAAUUGUUGAGAAUGGCAAAGAUUUGGGCAUUGGCUCGCACGACCUGGUGAAAGAUGCUAUCAUGAAGGUAUCGGAGAGGCUCUUUGACAAGGAAUAUGCAAUUAGAAGAGAGGCUGUCAAAAUACUUUCGCCAUAUCAAGGCUUUACUAUCAACAAAAAAACUAAUGUUAAAAGGAUAUUUAAGGAUCUGCUCAGGUACGAUCCCUGUCCGGAGAUCAGGAAUCGCGUGAUGGCGCAUUUGAUCAUGUCAUCGAGUGCCAUCGAGAGAAUCAAAGAUGAGGACACGAGCGUGCGACAGACAUUUUUUAGGAUUGUGCUACCGCAUUUGAAGCUGAAAGAUUUGAGCAUCGAGACAAGGUGCCUUAUUCUCGAGAAAAGCGUCCUUGAAAGGGAGUUUAACGCUUUUUCUCUUCUAAAAAGUAAGCUUUGGGAAGAGUACGAAUUUCCCGAUGACAUGAAAAGAUUUGUUAGCGAUUUUCUGCUGCUGAACGCCACGGAGUAUGCGGAUGAUGAUAGCAAAUUAAUUGAGGAAAACAAGAAGCAUCUGACGAAAGUUCUCGAAGUAAUUUUCAGAGAAGCAUCGCUUUCAAUUAAGGCCUUUGAUAGCACAUACUACGAAAAUUUGGAUCUGGAGGGUGCAUUUGUUCUCCAUGCUUACCUUUCGUUUGUUGAAUCAACCCAGGGGAGGGAUUCGUUGGAAUUAGUGAACCUGGAAUAUUUUACAGCCAUUUUGUAUUUAAAGGUGAAACGGGUCAUUGAAAAGGAGCAGAAUACCAGCGAUUUCCACUUUGUGAGCCAUUUAUUCCAAUUAACGAACUUUUACGAUGUAUAUGAGCAAAAACAGUCAAAAUACAUUCUGAGCACAAUCUAUAAGUUCUUUACAGCAGAGCUGCCACCCAGAAAAGAAAUGCUGGCCAGGCUAAUAGAAAAUGGCAUAAUACUUGCCAGCAGCACAGAAAGAAGCACGUUUACGAACUUUCUUGGGAGUCUUAUAACCAAGAACAGAGAAAAUCACACGUUUCUGUUCCUAUUGUGUAAGUAUGUGAUGAUGCAUGUAAAACCGUUUGAGAUGCUGCAUACAGCAAUAGUUGGUGAGAUUGUGCUGAAUAACAUCAACAAGAUCGAUGAACAUGGCAUUAUCCUGGAAAUUAUUUUUUACUAUCUCGUGGAAAAGUACAGAGAGGAUGCAGAUCAUCUGAGCGAAAAUACUAACAAGUCAUUUGGGCCGAAUAUGCUGUUGAACAAUGCAAACACGGAAGAUAACGAGGUGAAAGAGUGCACCAGCGAUGUUUCGUGCACUAUUCUGUUGAACCUCCUUCUCGAGGAGAAAUACUUCCGGCCCGUAUUGGUGGUUGAUCUGUUCAUACUUUUCAACAAUAAGAGAGAUAUGAUCAGAGACAAGCUUGUGGCCUACUAUCAAAGAGAACUGUCGACCACUGAUAUUGACACCAGGGAACUUAUUGUGCCUGUCACGAAGUGUAUGCUGAUUGAACCUGAGCGAUUUCUGCCGUUCGUAGGUUUGGUGGUGUUCGCAUACUUCAAUACCAAGAAAGAUUACAUAAGGCAGUACUUAACGGUGUUCCUCCAGGAAUUCGUGCUGAUAAAUACUAAAUUAGUAGUUGGUGAGCUGUUCAAAAUCACAGAAAUUGUGGCGAACAUCUCGCACAACAAGGUAUUUCUUGAUCAAGUGCUGUGCUGGUUGAAAAUGGCAGAAGAAAAUGGGAAAGAAAGUAUGUCCGAGGAGCUGCUCUUUAACCUGCUGAUCUACUUCAUCAGAAAGAACUAUGAAAUUCAUGAGACCUCUUUGCGAAACGGUAAGCCAAUUAAUGGUCAUUCUAAGGCAAUGAGCACUCGAAACAAAACACCUAUGAGCAAUAUGAUCGCAAUAUUUGAUUUUGUCGCGAAGCGAAUUACUGUUGAUGGUCGGUUCUCUGCCACACGUAUCAAACAGAUGAUAUAUUGUCUGGGACUGAUUGCUAAAAUAGGUUUUUCAGCCAAAGAAAAAAUAAAUGUUGGUGAUUUGAGCGGUCGUUUGAUGGUUUUUAGUGAUAACAUACCGAUAACGGCGAGUGAGAUCGAAGAGAUUACCACUAAAAUUUCGAAAAGCGAUUAAAAUUGGGG